AUGUUGUCCGCGCAUCGUGAGUCUGUGGUGUUCACCUCAAAGUUCGUCACGACAUACAAUAAGCUGUUCCAGGGUCUUUUACCAGGGCAGAUUGCUCCAAACCAAGAUGAAGACAGCUUCUGGUCCAACCUCUUCGAACUGGACGUAGACCAACAGUUUCUCUCGAAUGCGCUAUCCAGGAUCAACAGGAGCGAUUGCUUGGGCCGUUUGAAGCCGGUCCUCCAUUCAAUAACCACAUCGUGUCUGCGAAUUGCGCGGACCGCACAGCAUGAGGAUGUCAAGAAGGUCCACGCCUUGGAGACACUCUCGGUACUCAGUCGGCAUCUUCUGGGCAAAAAUCUAGCCGGAUGGGAGAUCAUGGAGGUGUUCGCAGGUGGGGUUGGCCAGAGUGAUCAAGUCUUCAACGACCUUACAGCUACAAUUGAAGAGAUCCUCAGCGACACUGUUGCUCCAGCUAGUCUCCGUCACCAAGUGCUCCAGUUGGCUGUUAUCUUCGUUUGCGGCGUGAACCAGCUGAGCGUCGGAGCCUAUUUCCUGCGGCGUGAUCUCUUUCCAUGCAUCGCUACCACUAUCACUUCCCCAGAAACGGAACAGUAUAGUUUCGAAGCUGUUCUGCUGCUGUCGUUGCUAGCGAACUUCCACAAAUCGGACGCAGCGAAGCUCAAUCCGUAUCUGGCACGUAUCAGAGACACGACAAACACUGAGCUCAUGAAGAAGAUUUGCUGGGUCUCGAACUUCGCUGCAGAUACUGUUGUAAAGUCGUACCAAUCCAUAUCGGAUGACUCACCGGCAGCGUUGGGAUCAACAAUAGGGUCAUUAUUGACAUCCCUGCGUCCUGACCGUGCUUUAGCUUCCACUCCGGUAGAUCCUCCUCGGGAGCUAUUCAAGCAGCAACCUAUCGAAGCUUGUGUAAUUCUCUUACCUGUGUUUGAAUUUCUCAGCGCCAAUGAAACUUUCCGUCGCGUGCUUGCAGAAACUCCAGAGACCGAUUCAGAUAAAAUCACCUCGAGAAUCGCACCUCUCCCAUAUACCCUAUUGACACUCUCCUCAUACCUGUUGACCCAUGCAUCUUCCACUUCAUCUCCACGUGCAACAGCAUACGCCAACCUAGCGUUGAACACCCUCCUUGUCAUGGCCGAGAGGAAAGAGAUACUAAGCAGUCUUUGCAUGAACAAGGCGGAUAUUAGAUUAUGUCGCCAGAGGCUCCCGCUUCUACCUUUGUCGCCUGCAAGGGCUCCUGUGUGUGCACUACUGGACUGUUCUGUAUUAUGGCUGCGUCAUAACCUGCAUAAGCGGCUGGAAGUGUACUCUUAUAUUACGUGCGUCCGGGUUUGCUACCGGACCUUGUGGUUCUUGCAGAAGGAACGCGUUCACCUAGACUACCUCUGGCAGGACUUCUGGAGAGCUCUUAUUGGCUUGCUCGAUUUCUUGGCGAACAAGUUGGAUAGCUUGAUUACCACGGGCGGCGUAGAGCGGCUCGUACAAGAGACGCUCAUUGUCCUAGACCUUGCAUUGUAUCAUUCAGAUAGUAUCUUGCCAGAUCCUAAAGCCGUACAUGAGUUGGUUUACGAGGUAGUCCGUUCAACCGCCGUCUUCGCGAAGCAGAAGACGAUGCUGGAAAAGAUAGCUCUUCCUCACCCACCGACGCGGAACGGGGCGGCUGACCUAAAAGACCAUGCGACUGAAGCUCUGGCGAGCAUCAUCACGUUGACCGACUACUACGAGGCCAAAAUUCGGGAUGCGGGAGCACCGUCAGCUAACCGCGCCCUGCGCAUCGUGGCAAGUGAAAUCGACAAAGAUGGCCUUGUGUACAGCAACCACACUCAUGGUGCCGAAGAGCCACCGAAGCAGCCUGAAGAAUUUGUUGGAUUCAUUCGCUAUGCUUAUACAGAUGGCAUGGCGUUGAUGCUUUAA